AUGGAGCUUCUCCUUUGUUCUCGCUCUAGCAGUCUAGCUAAACAAGCAUCUCCAAUAUUAGUUGACAUAUAUGUGAUAGAAAACCUUGAAUUUCAUGGCAUAAGAGAGACGGCACUCGACAGGAUUUCAAAAGAGAGUGAUUUAUGUCGACUCGUGUUGAAGGAUAUGGCAGAGGAGGAGCCAAAGAAGGUGGAAACUCAAACCCCAUCAGAAACUCCUCCUCCUCCUCCUCCACCACCAGCUGAACCUGAAGCUGUAGUUGAGGCUCCAAAAGAUGUGACUGAGGAGAAAACUGUAAUCCCUCCUCCCGUUGCUGAAGAGAAGGCGGAGGAGUCAAAAGCAGUUGCUGUUGUUGAAAAAGCUUCUGAAUCCGCUGAGGAGAAAACAGAGGGCUCUGUCAAUAGAGAUGCUGUUCUUGCGAGGGUUGAGACAGAGAAGAAGAUAUCACUCAUCAAAGCAUGGGAAGAGAGUGAGAAGUCCAAAGCAGAAAACAAAGCUCACAAAAAACUUUCUUCCAUUGCAUCAUGGGAGAACAGCCAGAAAGCAGCUGUGGAGGCUGAGUUGAAGAAGAUGGAGGAACUACUCGAGAAGAAAAGGGCAGAAUAUGUGGAGAAAAUGAAGAACAAAAUAGCAAUAAUUCACAAGGAAGCAGAAGAAAAGAAGGCGAUUGUCGAAGCUAAACGCAGAGAAGAUCUUCUCAAGGCUGAAGAGCUGUCUGCGAAAUAUCGUGCCACUGGAACUUCUCCAAAGAAGCUUCUUGGAUGUUUUUAG